AUGAAGCACAAAGUCUCCAAGAGAGUCAUUUCUCUCAAAUGGGUUCCUUUUCUCUGCAUCUCUUUCUUCGCUCUCGGAGCUAUUUUCACCUUCAGGUCAUCGGAGCCGUCGUGGGAUUCCGGAAAUCAGCUAGUUUCACAGCGCCGUCGUGAUCAUGAACUUCAGAUUGUAUCAGACGAUUGUGCUCAUAAGAAAAAAGAAACACAAGAGAAAGAUGUAAUGGAUGAAGUAUUAAGAACUCAUGAAGCAAUACAGGUUGACAGGUCAUUGGAUAAGUCAGUUUCCACGCUUCAAAUGCAGUUUUCUUCUACAAGGACCUCCUCUCAAGAGACGGUUGAUAGAUCGGAAACAACCACCUCUUUAACGGGAGCUAAACCGAGGAAAAAAGUGUUCAUGGUUAUGGGAAUUAAUACCGCAUUUAGCAGUAGAAAACGGCGUGAUUCAGUCAGAGAAACAUGGAUGCCUCAAGGGGAGAAGCUUGAAAAAUUGGAAAAAGAGAAAGGGAUUGUGAUUAAGUUCAUGAUUGGACACAGUGCGACAUCAAAUAGCAUUUUGGAUAGAGCUAUUGAUUCAGAAGAUGCUCAACACAAAGACUUCCUUAGGCUGGAGCAUGUUGAAGGAUAUCAUGAACUCUCUGCAAAAACCAAAAUAUUCUUUUCCACUGCAGUAGCGAGAUGGGAUGCAGAGUUCUAUAUCAAGGUUGAUGAUGAUGUUCAUGUCAAUCUCGGUAUGCUUGCUUCCACACUUGCCCGUCAUCGCUCAAAGCCGAGGGUCUAUAUUGGGUGUAUGAAAUCAGGACCUGUUCUUGCUCUAAAGACAGUGAAGUACCAUGAACCUGAGUAUUGGAAAUUUGGAGAGGAUGGUAACAAAUACUUUCGACAUGCUACAGGACAGAUCUAUGCCAUCUCCAAGGAUCUUGCCAAUUACAUAUCCGUCAACCAGCCGAUUUUGCAUAAGUAUGCAAAUGAAGAUGUGUCUUUGGGGUCAUGGUUUAUCGGACUUGAGGUUGAACAUAUUGACGACCGGAACUUUUGUUGUGGGACUCCUCCAGAUUGUAGAUGGAAGGCAGAGGCGGGCGAUGUGUGUGUAGCGUCAUUCGAAUGGAGCUGCAGUGGGAUUUGCAAGUCGGUAGAGAGAAUGAAGAUAGUCCAUGAAGUGUGUAGUGAAGGAGAAGGUGCUGUUUGGAAUGCACUUCUCUAA